GCAAACCAUUCGCUCAAGAGAGAGACGAAUGCGAGAAAGAGCUCGCGGUCUCCCUCUCGGCGCUUUCCGCCCAAUUCCUCCCUCUUUGCCUUCUCCAUUGCUCGCAAUUUCACUCUCAUUCCCUUCUCUCAGGGCUUCAAAGUCCUCUCCUUUGCUCUUUGUGCAUCGCCAUGGCUCUUUGUUAUUGGAAAAAGAGCUGGCUUGGGCACUAGGGUUUGUUCUGUUGGGCUGUGGAGAACGAUUCUAGCUCUCGCUUGUUUGAGUGGCGAUUUCUAUAUCGGAUUUGUAUGGUCGCUGUGAUGGAUCUUGAUUUUGUGACAAAUUGCAGGGAUAAGGUGCCACAGUUCAGGAUAAAGGAGCUCAAAGAUGUUUUGGGGCAACUGGGCCUUUCAAAACAAGGAAAGAAGCAGGAUCUUAUUGACAGGAUCUUAUCACUGGUUUCAGAUGAACAAGUUCCUAAACCAACUAGCUGGGGGCGGAGAAGCUCCAUAGGUCUGGAAGGGCUGUCUAAAAUAGUUGAUGAUGCUUUCAGAAAAUUGCAAUUUCCCAAUGGUACUGAUUUUGCCAUAAGGAGUGACAGUGGUUCAGAUUUUGAUCAUGUGAAACCUAACCAGGACAUGGAUGACUCCUAUCAGAUCAAUAUGAAGGUCAGGUGCCCUUGUGGCGAUAGGUCAUCGAUCUCCGAAUCAAUGAUUCAGAAUUUGUUAAUGCAGUGUGAAGAUCCACAAUGUCAUGUCUGGCAACAUAUUCGCUGUGUUAUUAUUCCUGAGAAACCUACGGAUGGUAUCUCACCUGAUCUUCCACCACGUUUUUAUUGUGAAAUAUGCCGAGUCAAUAGGGCAGACCCAUUUUUGGUGACAAUUCGCCAUCCUUUACCUCCUCUGAGAUUGGCAUCAUUUGGUGCAUCCUCUGAUGAAUCAAAUGCAGUACAAAGAAUUGAGAAAACAUUUAAUUUGUCAGGAGCUGAUAUGGAAAUGCUCCAGAGAUCUGAAUUUGAUCUUCAGGUAGGGUGCAUUCUUUUAAAUGAUAAAGUUCAAUUCAGAAUGCAUUGGCCUCAAUAUGCAGAUUUGCAAGUUAAUGCUGUUCAAGUCCGAACUACAAACAGACCAGGCACCCAGUUGUUAGGAACCAAUGGUCGUGAUGAUGGUCCAACAAUAAAGGUAUGCAGCAUGGAAGGAGUUAACAAGAUAAUGCUAUCAAUGUGUGAUUCUCGUGCAUUUUGCUUGGGAGUCAGAAUUGUCCAGAGGCGCACACUGCAGCAGGUCCUAAACUUGAUACCAAAAGAAGCAGAAGGGGAGAGUUUUGAGGAUGCCCUUGCCCGUGUUCGUCGUUGCUUGCGUGGGGGUGCUACUGCAGAGGAUGAAGAUGGUGACAGUGAUUUAGAAGUUGUUGCUGAUUCAGUCACUGUCAAUCUUCGCUGCCCAAUGAGUGGAUCUCGAAUAAGGGUUGCUGGAAGAUUCAAGCCUUGUGCUCACUUGGCUUGUUUUGACCUAGAUACUUUUGUUGAACUUAAUCAACGCUCUCGAAAAUGGCAAUGCCCAAUUUGUCUUAAGAACUAUCAGUUGGAAAAUAUUAUAAUUGAUCCAUACUUUAAUCGCAUCACGUCCUUGAUGCGAAACUGUGAGGAAGAUGUGACUGAGCUUGAUGUGAAGCCUGAUGGUAUGUGGCGUGUUAAGAAUGGAACUGAAUUAGGGAAUUUUGCUCGGUGGCAUCUACCUGAUGGUGAUCUUUGUGCUUCAAAUGAUUUGGAAAUUGAACCUAGACCAGAGAUAAAGCGGGUUAAACAGGAAGGUGCACCUGAAGGUCAGACAAGUUUGAUAUUAGGAAUCAAAAGAGAUCGCAAUGGAAACUGGGAACUUAGCAAGCCUGAAGAAAACUAUGUGUUUGACAAAUUUGAAAAUUAUGGCCAAAAUGCCAUACCUAUGAGCAGCAGUGCCACUGGUAGUUACAAAGAUGGGGAAGAUGUUAGUGUUAAUCAAGAUGGUGGGGGACAUUUUGAUUUUUCUCUGAAUAAUGGUCACGAGCUUGAUUCUCUCUCGCUUGGCUUUGAUCCAACCCAUGAUGUUAGUAGAAUCCCUUCUGCUACAUUCAAAGAUCCGGUUGUUAUUGAAAUCAGUGAUUCUGAGGAGGAUAAUAAUAAAAUUGUUUCUCCUAAAGACGGCUAUGGUGCUGGUACAAGUGUUCCAACUGGUGUUACAUUUUCUAUCAAUCAAUCUGAAAUUUCAGGAAGAAUGCAUGAUGACCCUGUGCUUGGGACCAGUAGCACUCCAUCUCCUGUUUUUUUUGACAAUAAUGUUGAUGAUCUUGAGUUGCCACCCUGGCCUUUGCAGAGUGGCCCUCAGACAGGAAAUGGCUUCCGACUUUUUGAGACAGAAACUGAUGCUCCAGAUUCUUUGAUGGAUGCAGCUAUGAACGGCUAUGAUUUGGUAGCCAAUGAUGUAUUAGGGAAUGCUUCUCAAGUCCAGGAUCACCCAACAACUCAUUCUGAUGCAGAAAUGAAUCUAUCACUGGUUGAUAAUCCUCUUGCAUUUGAUCAUGAUGAUCCCUCCUUGCAAAUUUUUCUUCCAAGUCGGUCCACUGUUGUUCCACUACAGUCUGAUCUAACUGGACAUGCUGAAAUGGGAAGCAUUGGUCAUUCUGAUGAUUGGAUAUCUUUAAGACUAGCUGCUGGUGGGGACAAAAAUGAUGCUCCGACAAAUCAGAUGACAUCACAGCAUAAGUUUGCCCCAAAAGGGAGUAGAAUGGAGUCAUUAGCUAAUACAGCAUCUUUGCUACUAAAUGAUUGUGGCAACAACCAAUCUAACAAACCGAGAACAAACAACCAGAGAUCUGAGGACGCCUUCUUUACAUAUCCUCGCCAACAACGUUCUGUUCGGCAACGCCAGUACUUAAGGAUACCUAGUGAUUCAGAUUAGUUUUCUUACUCUUGUUUAACCUUUUUUUAUUAUAGCUUUUUGGCGAGCAUUUGGGAGGAUGCCCGUUGUUUAUAGGUUUUGACUUGUCUCCAUUGCCAUCAUGAUCACCCUUUCGGAAGAGAAGAGCCCUCUUGUUUUUUUCCCGGUCUGUACCUGUUAUCCUUUCUGAUGCAGUCUGAGAUCUGCCCAUUAGCUUAUAGAAUCAAUAGAGGCCCAAAAAAAAAAAAGGUGAGCCUAAUUGAUGGAGGAGGAUCGGUGUUUCGGUAUCAAAGGAAAUAAGCGGAAAAGAGCCGAGGACUAUCUUUGUACAUAUUCUCCGUUCUUUUGUUGAAUGGAAAAAGAAAAAAUAAGAGACAAAUGGAAUUUAUUUAUAAAAUUUUGUUUUCCUUUUGUGAUUUUUCAUGGUCUCCUUCCAAAUUUGCUGCCUUUGUUGGUUUGGCAAUUAAUUUCAUUAGAAUUAUAUGCACAGAGAUUCAAAGGAUCCAGUUAUGUUGAUUACA